UUUCGUGUAUUCACUCUGGUCUGAAUUCCGUGUUCGCGGGUUGAUAUGAUAUUUUCAAGGAAGACAUAAAAGUGACGAAAGAUUCGUGGCAAUUCAAGGUUAAUUCUGCGGGAAUUCGAGUUGACAUAAAUAUGAUUUGCGCAACUUAUUACAACGAGCAUUAGUGAUAUCACAACGCAUAAAAAAUGAGAAAUGUAGUUGCACCAUUCGCCUAAGUGUCUUAAAAUUCGCGAGUGUUCCCUAAAACUUUUACCUUACCGCUUUAGUGUCCUUACAUCAUCAUUCAAAAGUGUAUCGUUUUCUGAAAUUAAUAAUACAAUGGAAAUUGAUGUGUUUGAAGGUAGUUAUUCAGACUCUACCAUUGAAGGAUUUGGUUCCGAUUCUGAUGAAAUUGAAGUAAUUCCUAUUGAACACCCAAAUCAAUCAAACAUAUUGCACGCUGACCUCGCUCAAAAUGUUGACGAGAGAUCUGCUGAAGCUGCUGAUAAUCCAAAUGAAAUCUUUCAAAAUGAGGUUCCCAAUAAUGAAAAUGCUGAACCCAAUGAUGAUGCCCUUGAACAGGCUCCUGUUGAAGAGAAUCAAAAUGUGCCAGAAGAAAAAAGUGAAGUCAUUCAACCAUCACAGACUGGCAAACGGAGUCGUGAUACAGACUCUGAUGAUGACGAUGAUGAUGAUGCCUCUAAAAAUGUAUGUCCAAUAUGCAUGGAUAAAUGGACAAAUGCUGGUGAUCACCGCUUAGUUUGUCUUAAAUGUGGGCAUUUGUUUGGAAAUAGCUGCAUCAUUAGAUGGUUAGAAAUUGGGUGCCCAUCUGGUCAACGACGAUGCCCCCAAUGCAACAAAAAAGCUCACAAGAAAGACAUUAGGACAUUAUACGCCCAAAACCUGCAAGCACUUGAUACAUCAGAAUAUGAGAAGUUACAAGAAGAACUGAACAUCCUUAAACAAGAAAAAGCACGUUUAGAAACUGAAAUUGCUAGAGUUAACUUGAAUAACAAAUUGCAACAAGAAGAACUUAAGAAAACUUUGAACAAAGUGCAAAGUUUAGAGAAAUCUCUAACUUCUCAAACAACUCAGAGCUCACAACCCAUAUCUCAGUCAACAGUUUCUCGUAUGGUUCUAGAAAGCACUCUUGAAAUAAGUAAUGCUGGUGGAUGCCGUGUUUUAACCUGGAAUUCACUGAUGCAUGAAUUAUAUAUUUCUCAUAGCUCAACUAAUAAUUUAUUUCCUGGCUUUAGUGUGAGAAAGGUAAGUCUACAAGAUGGUAGACCUGUGUUUGGACAGUGUGUCUUCCUUCAUACAAAAGCAAUUCGUGAUCUUGCUGUUCGUCCCCAAAGUAAAGACUUGCUGUUGAGUGUGUCUUUAGACAAAACUGCUAAACUAAUGGAUUUAUCCAACAAUAGUGUGGUGAACAAAUUCAAUACUAACAAUCCAUUGUGGAGUUGCUGUUGGGACUGCAACAAUCUGAACAGGUUUUUUGUGGGCAGCCAGAAUGGAAAUGUGUUUCAGUUUGAUUCACGACAACCUAAUUCCCCUCUUCAGCUCCUUGCAUUUCCUGGGGAUUUGUCUCCCGUUACAUCUGUAGUUUCACUACCUUAUUGUGCUGGGAGAGUUAUGCCCCAAGGUGGUAUUCUUGUUUCUAAACUUGUUUCUUGUUGGGCAUUCUCGCAAAACAGUGUUGGGGAUCAGUACCAUGGACAGCAAUUGCCUUUAGAGGGUCCCUUCACGUCUUUGUGCUAUGAAAAAGAAACGGAUCAUAUCUUGAUAUCAAAAAGGCCAAAUGCACGAAAUCCUAACACUUGCCACAUGGUAUGCCAACUUGAACAGGAAGGUAGUGCUAUUACCUGCAAUGUAGUCCACAGUUUUUUGGCAGGGACUGCUCAGAUGCAGUUAUCUCGGCCCUGCCUGACAAAAGUUCAGAAUGAUAUGUUUGUAUCUGCUUACAUAGAAAGUCGGAGCACUAUAAACGUAUGGAAUGUGACAUCUGGACAGAUAGUUGCCACAGUAAAAGCAUAUGAUCCUGUGAAAGACAUUUGUGCUGUAGUGUGCAAUGAUAAGUUAUGGCUUGCUGCAUUAUCUGAAAAAACUUUGAGGAUAUAUAGCAUGUCUUAAUAAUUCUAAGAAUAUUCAUUUUGUAAAUUUAUAAUAUUUUACUGUUAUUUAGUAUAUGUAAGGAUUAAUCCUUUUUUUGUGUAUGUAUGAACCUUCAUGCUUUUGAUUAAUUGUGCAUACUUAACAUUGUUGAAGCAAUUAGAUUGCUGAAAGUUUGCAUGAAAUGUUUUUUUAAUUUUGAAUGACUUUAAUGAAUUUGGAUGUGUUGAAAUCAAUUGUAGGUAGGACUAAAAAGCGAUGAACUUUGAAAAAUGCAUGAAACUUGUGCUAAACCAUACACUUGCAUAAGAUUUUUCUAUACUUUAAACUUUUUUUUUGUGUGUGUGUGCUUAGAUUAUGCAUGUCACAUUAUACCCUUAUUGGAAAAUGUUUAAUUUGUACAGCAAUUUUGGAAGAAAAUUGACAGUGAUAACCAUUUUUGUAAAUUGCAUUUAUGAUUUUUAUGUGACGGUUGAUUGGAACUUGUCUACUCCACUGUAAAUAUAGUUUGUAAUAAAACUUGUUUCAAUUGUGUAUUUUGUAAAUGAUAUAAUUUUGCUUUUCCAUAAAUUAUUUCUUAGAGCUAAUAUUAAGUGAUGCAACCCAGUGGAUUGUGAUAUGUAGGGGCCAGAUUAUGUAAUAGUUAAAAUUUUUGCAGUUGAUUAAUUUUAAAUAACUAGAUAGAAAAAUUAUUGAAGUAAAAUAUUUUAAUUUAUCAAAUGAAAAUCAUGAGUGAACCUGAGAUUUGUGCUUCUAUCCAACUGGAAUUACUUUUCGAAUG